AUGGGAAUUAAAUUCCUGGAAUUUGUUAAACCUUUUUGUGGUUUUGUGCCAGAGGUUUCUAAACCUGAAAGGAAAAUUCAAUUCAGGGAAAAGAUGCUUUGGACUGCGAUAACUCUUUUUGUUUUUCUUGUUUGCUGUCAGAUUCCACUUUUUGGUUUGUUGUUUAUUUUUUGUUAA